UUACAGAUGCUGAAAACAGAAGUGGCUGCUGAUUCAUUGUUGCUUGUGAACGUGUAGUUGGGUGUCAGUUUUAAAGCAAUGGGCACCAUGGAAAACUUUAAUCUGAAGUGGAAUUCCCAUUAUACCGAAGCAUUUGGUGCAUUUCAAUCCCUGCGAGGGAAAGAACUGUUAGUGGAUGUCACCCUCUCUUGUGAAGGAGAAAACAUUAAGGCCCACAGGCUGGUACUUUGUGCAUGCAGUUCUUACUUUGAAAAACUAUUGGGGGAUUCUUCAGCCAUUCAAUACCCAAUAGUUUUCUUCAAAGAAACUAAGCUUGAAUACCUCAAGCUUGUGAUUCAGUUCAUGUACCAAGGAGAAGUGGAGGUGCCAAGCACAAAACUUACAGACUUCCUAAAUGUAGCUGAGGCCCUGGAAAUCAAAGGUUUGAAGAAAGGGGGUUCAAGUCCCUCAGAACCUGAACCCUUUUCUAGUCCACAGGCAGAGAAUGAGAAAAUGGCAUUGCCUGCCUCAACACCUGAGGAGAAUUUUUUUGAGCCAGAUGACUCAUCACACAAUAUCCUUGAGUCCUUGGCAGGGAAAAGGCCUAGACUCCAGUUCAAUCGGGAACUCACUGUCCAGCCUCUUCCUCCUGUACCUGAUGAUGAACCAGUAGCCAGCAACAGUAUUGUUCCCCCUCCCAAGACAGAACUUGUGGAAAACUCAAUAGAACAAGAAGUUCUCAAUAUGGAGUUGAAACUUGAAGAGAACUCUGAUGGAGCUGUGGAUUCCCUUGAUGAUGAUCUUGAGAUGGGAGAAGCUUCAUGGAAGGAAGAGGGCUAUCCAUUAGAAGUGAGUAUGAUGGGUGUCUAUCCACCUCCUGGAUCUUCCAGCAUCCCGACUGACAUCUCUGCGAAGGACUUGAUGAACUUUGCCUAUUCUGAGGAGGAGUUGGUGCAGCGUUUCAAUCCAGACUCCAUGACUCCUUCCAAGUUUGUUGCAAAGCUGAUGACAAUCCUGUGCAGCACUGAGGAGAUGGCAAGUCAUUCCCUUUGUGGGUAUAUGACUGGGAAGGAUUUUAAGCCCAAACUGGAUCCACACAAAGUUGAAGUCAUUACAAAGUAUACAAUCCUGCUGUACCCAUACGUGUCUGAGAGCCUCAUCCGCCGCUCAAUUCAACAAAAACUGAACAAUGUGGACAAGUACAUGAAGCAGAAGAGGAAGCAGGAGCUGAAAGGAGCUGGAUCCAAUGUGGGGACAAUCCAAAAGAUUCCCAUUCCACCUGUAGGUGGGCCUUCCAACAGUGGCAUCUCAGGAUCCAAGAUGUUCAACACCUUGGGAAGUACCCUCUAA